UCCGCUAUAGGCGCGCGUUGCAGUCUUGCCUUGCCACAGGUGCACUCACCUGUCGGCUAGCGCUGCCUCACUUGUGCAUUCCCCGCCAGAACUUUUUUUCGGUUCGACUCACGGCAAAACCUGCGGUCGUACUCCACCUCAGUCGAUUUGUGGCAACUUUACCGUCCGGUCUUGGGGGCCGAAUAAACUCAGAUUGAGCAUCACAUGUGUGUCUAUCGGUCCAUGAUCUAACGCUCUGUAAUUCCCAACUAGCGAGAAGUUUCUUACGCUUCCGUGAAUCGGGUUGCGGACGCGUGUUUUGAAAACUUUACCUAUCGGCUUAUUCUUGAUUUUUGUAUUUCUUCUCUGGAUAGCGAGUGUCUGUUGCUCCAAGACUGGUCUGAGAGUACCUUCAUUUUUGAUAACAAACCUCGGAUGAAAUUGCGAUGUGAAUAGGCGGUCCAGGGGCCUCGGCCCGUCAUCUGAAAGAAGAGGGUCGAUCGAAAUGAAUGCUCAUCUUUCCUCCAAACUUCGAUUGUUGUUUGUAUUCCACCUACUGUCAAAAUUUUAUUUUACUGCCGCGGGAACUUGCUGGUCCACGAUGUCAACCACCGGUAGAUGCACUGAAAUACUGUACGAGAAGAGCGACAAAGAGAAUUGUUGUGCUGACCAUUCUGUAUAUACUGCCUGGUCUGCGGACGACCUCGAUUCCGGUAGCCUUUUCUUUUGGAGGGUACUAGGUGGUGGAGUUCCUUGUGUUUCCUGCAAAGAGUCUUGUAAAGACGUGAAAUGCGAUCCUGAUAAGUCAUGUGUGCUAAGAAAAGGUGUACCGAAGUGUGUUUGUUCGUCAAAAUGCAAGGAAGGCAAGCUCAAAUCUAAGGGACCUGUAUGUGGAUCAGACGGUAGAAGUUAUCGUAAUAUUUGUAGACUGAAAAAAAGGGCAUGCCGAAAGAAAUCCCCCUCUCUUAUGGUUGCCUACAGUGGUAUUUGCCAAAAUUCCUGUGAUAGAAUAAACUGUCCGACUGGCAAAAAUUGCGUUCUAGAUCAGAAUUUAAGCCCACAUUGCGUGUACUGCGACUUCAAGUGUCCAACAAGUCCAAAGCGGCGGCAAGUUUGUGGAAUCGAUGGUAAUAGCUAUCCUAGCCCCUGCCAUUUGAAACAGAAGACUUGCAGACAAGGAAGAGCCAUACCUUUAGCGUACAAGGGUCCUUGUAGAGCAAAUGCUUCCUGCAGCAAUGUACAAUGUCGCGAUCAACAAGCCUGUUUGACUGAUUUUAAUACUGGGCUACCUCGAUGUACAACAUGCAAUUUGAACUGUCGUCCAAGGCAAAUGCGUGGUCCCAUUUGUGGAACAAAUAACGUUACUUAUCACUCCUGGUGUCACAUGAUGCAAGACUCUUGCACAAAAGGUGUAGUCGUGGAGACAAAGUACAACGGAAAAUGCGAUGGCGCUUUGAACACUUGAUCAAAAGCUCAUUUUUCUAUAGUUGUUAGGAAAAUUUGAAACCAAAGACUCUCAGAGGAUCUGAAUGGAAUAUCAUCAUGUGUUAAACGAAACAGAAUAGGAAUUUAUACAAUAUUAAAAUAAAUUGCUCUUAACCAAUUUUGAAUAAGUUUUUGGUAGAAAAUUUGUCCGAUUCAAUCUUCGAUUGAUUCUGAAUUAUUCACGACUGAAAUUUAGUAAGUACUCAACAUGAAAAUUCUUGUAACUUAUUAAUAAAAUCGAAAUGUAGCUUUAAAACUUAAGAAAUUGUGAUUAAUGUUGUAUUAAUAUAGAAAAUUGUUAUAUCUAAUUAUUAUGGAAAUCAUCGUUGAAAGGAAAUUAGUGUGAUAGAUAAUAACUUAGAUAAAAAAAUAAACGAAAUUAAAACAAUAUACUAAACAAUAAAAAAAUUAGAAUUUUCUGUAAAAAAUUUUCAAGUUUUUUAAUUAUUCAGAUGUUAUAAAGGUUCAAGCGAUGAAUAAUUUUGUUGAAUAUAGCUCGAGUAUCCAAUGAAGAUUGACAUAAAUUAAUAUCCAAUAAAGAAAUAAAUAUACAUCCUUAAUACCAUCCUAUUCUGAUUAAAAAGUUAUCAAUCCAUUAUAUUCCAAAAAUUAAAUUCCCCGAAAGUGAAGUGUAUGUAAUUUUCUAUUUAUUUUAGUAUUAUAUUACUCAUGAUGUCACAUUUUCAACGUUAGACAAUUUGGAAUAAAAUUAUAAAUUUUCAAAAUACAGAGAUGCAAGGAGCUAAUUUUUUGUUCACCUAUUUUGAAUUUAACGAUAAAUGUUGGCAAGAACGUUUAUGUGAAAUCUAUUAAUUUAUAUCUGAUUAGGACAUUUCAUAUGUUUGUUUACUCAUUGUUCAAAUAUCCUAUUGAUUUGUUGCCUUUUAUGUACAGUAUUGAUUAUAUUCUGCUAUUUUUGUAUUGUUAAGUAUAAGAAGUUCAUAUUAUUCAUCUUGAUUAGACUGGCUAAAUUAUUGAAUAUAUAUAUUUAUUAUUAUGAAUUGUCUAGGUUUAAUAAAAACUGCUACAAAAUUACAAAGAUUUUUCA